AUGAUGAUCAACGAUUUCCAAAACGCAGUCAGAAUGGAGAAGAGUGCCAACGACGCACCUCUUGAGUCUCCUGGAGAUUAUGUCAAGUUCAUAAGCCCCCAGGUUUACAAAUCCAACAGACAGAAAUAUCUCAGAAGCUACACGUUCAAAAACUACGAGGACGAAACAAUUUUUUCAGACGAGAAACAGAGGAAGUGGUUCAGAAACAAGAAGGUGAUGAAGAUGAAGAUGAAGAAGACGAGUGAUUCGCUUGGGAACUCGCUCAAGUCUUGUCUCAGGGUCUUGUUAUCUUGCUUCCAUGUCUGA